AUGACAAAGAGCUGGGACUCAGGAACUGACCUGUCAGCAAACCCUGAGCGGCUUCUUUUUACCAUCACUCGUGAAAAUAUGCAAGGCCAUGAUGAGACCGAUCUGAUCCCACUUUAUUUGGUGGUUUCAGGCAUCAAGCGCCUUUUCCGCUUCAUUGAAUUCACUUCGAACUCCUCCGAUCAUGACGCCCAAAAUCGGCGCCAAUAUCAAUAUGCGGAUGGAAAACCUGCUCUGAAGCUAUUGAAAUCCGGAUGCCGGAUUGGGUUCAACCAAGAGCCACAUUGCACCUCUACCUGUACGGAUCCUGAUAGCAGGUCUGCGUCCACCAGUACUCUCGCCAACGGCGUUACUCUUGCGUCUGCGGAAGUUCUCAUCCGGAGCGGCAGUCUAGCCUGGCCGCUAGACUCGGAUGACAUGGUAGAGCUCAGAGCAUAUGGAGUGAACAACAUUCGAGAUUGGAAUGGAUCUUUCGUCCUGGGUUCAGUACUGCAGUCCGCUGUAGCGUCUUGCCAGGCACACGACGGGCUACUUGGCAACUGUUCCCCAGACCUUUUGAAUUUGCAGCGAGUCGGUUUUGAGAGCUCGUCCUCUCUUCUUGGGCUACAAUCCGCAUUGACAAGUUACUGUGAAGGCACAGAUGUGACUGUCAACGCUGAUGUUGCUGGACCUGGCGUUUUGUUCUCUCAUAUUGCUCAAACCCUCAUGGUCUUGGUAGCAUACGGGUUGAUGAACAUCUUGAAUUCCUGGACAUAUCCAGUGCUCAUGGUUAGUAGUACAUCGGGCCAUGGCAUUUUUGAAAGCGCCCUUCAACAUCAUGAACUCGCAACUGGUGCAGGUUCUAGCAGUCAACGGCGUGUUGCCUGUACUCCUGAUGCAAUCUCUUCUUCAGCGAGUGGGGAUGGGAUGGUAAGACUUUGUUUCGACUUUUACAAGAGAUUCUGUCAGCCGACCGGGCAUUUUUCAGGUGAUAUACAUUGGCCCUCACCCUCGGCAACUGCAUUCUUGCGGUGGUCAUCGAUAAUCUGGAAAGCCUUUCCCCAACAAUGGAGACAGUCUGGUGCCAUCUCCGUGCUACAGAAAAAGUCGAACAGUGUGGCAAUAAUCCUUCAUUGCAGGCGUUCUGUUUGGCCUCAAUUCCCGAGUUGA